AUGAUGAUGCGCCGUGUGCCGUGCACCGUGUUGUUCCUUGUGCUCUUGUGCUGCCUCUGCUCGCACGUAUACGCGACAGAUGAUGAUGAUGGCAUGGUGCGUGUGAGUGCGGAAGUGUUGUGUAGGAGCAAAAAUGCCAGUUCACUUUGGCGCUUAACAGGCGAGCGUGAGUGGAAAGUUUGUGGUCCUGAUAAGAAUCCCGGCAGUCAAGUUGCAAUGGACGAGGAGGAUCCCUAUGAGAUGGUCUGCAAUGUGGCGAGACCGAGCUGCAUGGAUUUCAAUGCCACGAGUAAUUGCAGAAAUGAGGAGGAAUUCACCUUCAAUAUUCAGCUGCUGACGAGCAACACCACCGAUCUGUACAAGCGAUGGGAAAGUAUCCAUGCUGAUGCGGACAACACACGUUCUGUCAACACCAGAAAUGAAUCCACCGCUGUGUCCUCACCGGCCGACAACACCGGCACGCAAAGUGAAGGCAAUGCGGACAGCAGCGACAUCAUCACCGUGCCGGUGCACACACCACCGUUGCUGCUGCUGCUGCUGCUGGUGACUGCCACUGCCACCGCGUGCUGA